CCGCCCACCAGCCAAAAAAAAAACCACUCACAGAGAGAACGAGAGAGAGAGGACAAGAGCGAGAGAGAGGCAGAGGCAGCCGCAAGGCAGGCCAGCAGCUAUCCCGGAGCGUCGCCUCUCGUCGCCUCAGACCCAGGGCUGCUUCCCCCGCCGGUGCUCGCUCGCUCGACGGCGGCGGAGCGGCGGGGCCGGUAGGCCGGUCGCCUGCGCCCGCCCGUCCUUCGGAGUUCGGAAGCGUCUCCGCAUGGGAGGACAACGCUUGUGACAGUGUGAUCCACUGAUCCCAUAGCUGCCCUAUUUUCCGUCUGCAAGCAGAUGCAAUAAUGGACAACCUUGGGCGAGAAAAUGGCAGGCAAAGGCCUGACCAAUAUAAAGCGGUUCAUACUCAGUGGAUGAUGCCUCAAAGGCAGCUAAAAGACCAUCAUAGUAUGAAUCUCCUGGCACUGAUGAAUGAGAAGGACAGUGCCAUCCGAGAGAGAGACCAUGCUCUUGCUGAAAAGAAAGCUGCUAUAGCUGAGCGAGAUAUGGCAUUCGCCCAGCGGGAUGCUGCAAUGGCUGAGCGGAAUGCUGCAAUUGUGGAGAGGGACAAUGCCCUUGCUGCACUUGAACUCGCCCGCACAAAUGGGUUUAAUAUGAAUAAUGGGAAUGGAUUCCACCAAGGACCUCCUCUCAAUGGAACAAAGAACGUCCAUCACCAUGACCAGCUAUCACAUGUCCAGACAUCCCCACUGCAGCUGGCUGAUUCUCCAUAUGACCAUGUCAGGGAGAUGCACAUAUCAGAAGCAUACCCUAUCGCAACAGCUCCCGGGACUAUCGGGAAGGCUAAGAAGCCAAGGAAGAGUAAUUCUCAAGCUUCUCCAUUGAAGAGGCCAUCAGGUGUACUCCGCAAAACCAAGAAAGCAACCGGUGAUUGGAAGAAUGGGGGGAUGUCUGGUGUAGCAGGAGAUUCAGCCCGUGCUGCUGUGAUGAAGAACGAGUGGAAGGACCAAGACCUUGGCCUGAACCAGGUCGCGUUCGAUGAGUCAACCAUGCCUGCGCCCGCCUGCUCAUGCACAGGGGAGCUCCAUCAGUGCUACAAAUGGGGCAAUGGUGGGUGGCAGUCAUCUUGCUGCACCACGAACAUGUCCAUGUACCCGCUCCCAGUGAUGCCCAACAGGCGCCACGCUCGCAUGGGGGGAAGGAAGAUGAGCGGUGGUGCUUUCACAAAGCUGCUCAGCCGGCUGGCAGCAGAAGGUCAUGAUCUCUCGAUUCCGGUGGACCUCAAGGAUCACUGGGCCAAGCAUGGCACAAACAGGUACAUCACCAUCAGGUAGCCCAGUAUCCGCCAUUCAAGCUGGAAGGGGGACAGAUCACACAAACGUGAAACGUCACUUCUCCUGCAUCCCCUAAAGCCACACUUUUGCCAUGUUCUGUAGUGUCAUUGGUUUGUGGUGGAUGUAGGUAGAGUUUUGCGAUCAGGAAAUCACAGCGCGGUAGGUUCCCCCGUUCUUUUUGCUCGAUUGGUAAACUGUGCUCGCGAGGCUGGAAUGCCAACAAUUGAAGUGUAAUUGUAGCUGUACAGUUUGACAUCUGGAUUCGAGUGGUGGUAAUUAGCUUCAGGAUCGUCGUCGUCGUUAAUCUGAAGCUGUCGUUCUGGACAGGCACAUUUUUUUUGGUGUUU